AUGAUGGCUUCUGACGCUAGUCAUAUGCUGGAAGCAGCUUUGGAGCAGAUGGACGACAUCAUUGCAGGUACCAAGUCAGCUACAGAGUACGCUAAUGGUGGUUAUGAUAUUGUGUCACCUGCUCCAUCAGUAUACUUGGGCACAUUUCAAAUUUUGCAUCUCCUGGAAGAUCUAAAGAUGGCAUUGGAAAUGCUAGAGGAUCCUCAAGAGAAAGAAGCAUUGCGAAAUCAAAUUCCGGGAGCCACAGCAGUGUGUCUACGAGAGUGGUUUGAAGAGAAUCUGUCACAGGUGAAUCAUCAUUCAUCUAAUAAUGAAACUUAUCAAGAAAGAUUGGCACGAUUAGAAGGUGAUAAAGAGUCACUCAUACUGCAGGUGAGUGUUCUUACAGACCAGGUGGAAGCUCAAGGAGAGAAAAUCCGGGACUUAGAAAUCUGUCUUGAGGGGCAUCAGUUGAAACUGAAUGCUACAGAAGAAAUGCUCCAACAGAAAGCCUUCUAUUAUCUUCCUGAGGAGUUGCUAAGUCGAACAUCACUAGAGACUCAGAAAUUAGACCUAAUGGCUGAAGUUUCAGACCUGAAGAUUAAACUGGUUGGUAUGGAAAAGGAACAGAGUGAAUAUGAAGAGAAGCAGAACAAAGCUGAGUCAGUAGUGAACCUGAUCAGUGAGCUACAGGAGCAGAUGUGUAGACUGCAGCUGGAAAUUAAUAAUAGGAUCCAAGAAAGAAAGUCUCAAGAUAGGAAACCAGACUUGACACCUAAUGGUCCUCAAUCUAGUCCAAGAUCAGUGGUAGCGACUCUCAGCCAGAAGAAUUGCUCUCGGUGUGAUGGUUUGCUACAGGAACUUAGACACCUCAAAAUUAAAGUGGAAGAACUGGAAAAUGAAAGAAAUCAAUACGAGUGGAAAUUAAAAGCAACUAAAGCUGAGAUAGCCCAGCUUCAAGAGCAAUUAGCUCUCAAAGAUGCAGAAAUAGAACGCUUACAAAGUCAGCUAUCUAGGACCUCAUCACAUAGUGAAGUAGCAGAAAGAGAUCAAGAAGUUCAACGGUUGAAGAUAGGAAUGGAAUCAUUAUUGGCUGCAAAUGAAGAAAAGGACCGUCGAAUAGAGGAGUUAACCCUAUUGCUCAGCCAGUACAGGAGAGUCAAAGAGAUCAUGAUUGCAGCUCACGGCUCUUCCAUCUCUGGUGGCAGUGAAGAGGAACUUGAGACAACUUUAAGGAAGUGGAAUCUUUUGAGUAAUCCUCAAGGAGAAUUAUUUAAAACAGAGGCCUCUUCAGGAGAAUUGUCACCAGCUGUGCUCUCUCCAGUGCCACACAAUGCUCUGGAAAUCAGUGGAAGCAUUCCAGUAUCUUCAAGUAAUUUAACCUCUCCACAAGAAGAAUCUUUGGAUAUCAUAAAUAGGGUACCACAGAAGAAAAAGUCAAGUAGUUUAGAAGACUUGCAGAGUGAAUCCCUGGAAAAGAGUAAGCCCGUUGUGAAAGGCAGCAAGUACCAAACCUUGCCAGGAAAGCUGCCCCGGCCUGUACAGAAUGGCGAGCAGGGAACGUAUAAUUCGUCGGACGUGUGUGGCAUGAACGACAGUGAGGACAACAGCACCCUGGGCCUAAAUCGCAUCAGGAGUGUCAGUGCACCAGUGCUAGGAGAAACAGAGAACGUAGAUGGUACAGUAGUCUCGGAUGACCUUUCACCUCUUUCUUCGGGAACAGAUUCAGGUCCACAGUCUCCAUUGUCUCCAGAAAACAGAAAGAGUCCAAAAGGGAUCAAGAAAAUCUGGGGAAAAAUAAGAAGAACUCAGUCAGGUAACUUCCCAGCAGACGAUCUGGGUUUGGCAGAGUUUCGAAGAGGUGGGCUCCGUGCAACAGCUGGACCUCGGUUAGCCAGAUCAAAGGAAACUAAAGGCCAGAAGAGUGACUACAAUGCUCCGUUUGCUCAGUGGAGCACUGAAAGAGUUUGUAACUGGCUUGAGGACUUUGGUCUCGGUCAGUAUGUCAUUUUUGCACGGCAGUGGGUGACUUCAGGCCAUACACUGUUAACUGCGACGCCUCAGGACAUGGAAAAGGAAAUGGGAAUAAAGCAUCCACUGCACAGGAAGAAAUUAGUUUUGGCCAUUAAAUCAAUAAAUGCAAAACAAGAUGAGAAGUCUGCACAACUCGAUCAUAUCUGGGUGACACGAUGGCUUGAUGAUAUUGGUUUACCUCAGUACAAAGACCAGUUUCAUGAAUCCAGAGUUGAUGGAAGAAUGUUGCAGUACUUAACUGUGAAUGACCUUCUCUUUCUGAAAGUCACCAGUCAGCUGCAUCAUCUGAGUAUUAAAUGUGCCAUUCACGUGCUGCAUGUCAACAGUUUUAACCCCCACUGUCUACGCAGAAGACCAGUUGAGGAGAAUAGCGUUUCGCCUUCUGAAGUAGUUCAGUGGUCCAAUCACAGAGUGAUGGAAUGGCUCAGGUCAGUCGAUCUGGCAGAAUAUGCACCAAAUCUUCGAGGAAGCGGAGUGCAUGGUGGCCUGAUUAUUCUUGAACCUCGCUUCAAUGGUGACACACUAGCAAUGCUGCUGAAUAUUCCGCCUCAAAAGACCCUGCUGCGACGCCACCUAACCACCAAUUUUAAUGUACUAAUCGGACCAGAGGCACAACAAGAAAAAAGAGAAAUAAUGGAGUCAACAGCAUAUACACCUCUGACCACCACUGCCAAAGUUCGGCCAAAGAAACUUGGAUUUUCACAUUUUGGAAACCUAAGAAAAAAGAAAUUUGAUGAAUCAACAGACUACAUUUGUCCUAUGGAUACAAACCCAGCUGCUGCAAAUGGUACUCAGAAAAACUAUGGUGGAUACAAAGGACUUAGUCCAUUCACUGAUAGGGAACUGGAUCAGAUGGAACAUUCAGAAGGAACAGUAAUGCAAAUAGGGGCUCUUUCUCAAGGCAUAAGCCAUCUUACGACAAUGUUAAGCCAAGAUGAAAUGCUGAAUGACAGCAGGUUUUUAACACCUACCUUUGAAGACUGGAGAUGA